AUGGAAUCCACAGAAACAAAACCAAUUCGUAAAAACAAAAGCAAACACCAUUUGUUCAAGUGUUUCAAACCAGACAAUGUCGUCGACCAGCCACCGCGUCGAAAAGAGAAAACUAGUGACCCCCUUCUUAGUUACAUUGCCUUGGCCGAGAAGCAAGGCAGGGUCUUGCCUACCAUUUUGUCGUCCUUUUUGACUGCCGCUAAAUGUGGCUCCGGAGAUGGAACUCCAAGUCAAAGGAGAAAGAUGGGUAAACAAAAAUCUCUUCGAAUUCGUCAGACUUUAAUCGCGGCCUUGAAUCAUUCUUCAUUGGGCAAGAAAAUUAUUAAUAGAACUAAAACAAACAAGAACAAGAACAGUUGGGGAAAAUCAAGAUUGAGCAACAUAGAAGGAGAAGGUGACAACAAUAUUACAAACACAAAUGAUAAACAAGUACAAGAAAGAAGCAAUUCAUGCACUAAAUUACCAUCAUCUCAUUCUUUACCUGCAAUUACCUCUUCUACAUUAUCAUUUUCUACGACUUCAACUAGUUCACAAGGUAGUCAUGUUUCGGGUUCAUUUUCUGAAUUGAAUCCAAACCUUUCGAUGAAUGGAAUUGAGGUGAGGCAAGAAGUUGGAGAGAGUAGAAAAAAGAGUUUUGGCCUAAACAUGAGUUUGUGUUGGCAUUUUAUCACUAGUCUUGUGUUUUUUAUUUUGUUGGGUAAGUUGUAUACCUUAUUGUCGGAGAAAAUGGUGUAA